AUGGUUCAAAAAUAUCUUGGGGAGAGUGAGAAGCAGCUGCGACAGUUCUUUGACAAGGCGCAGUCCACGUCAGAAGACGACGUUCACUUUAUCAUCUUUGAUGAGCUGGAUGCAAUCUUUCGAGAGCGAGGGCGUGGCGACGGAUCUGCUGCGUCCAUGGCGUACGACAGCGUGGUGAACGCACUCCUGACGCAGAUGGAUGGCCUCAACGAAAUCAACAACGUCAUUGUGUUUGGAAUGACCAACAGACGUGAACUCAUAGAUCCCGCCCUCCUGCGUCCGGGAAGGUUUGAGGUUCAGGUUGAGAUUGGGUUGCCUGAUUUUGACGGGCGGAGCGCAAUUCUUCGCAUUCACACAGAGGAGAUGAAAGAAAAUUCGCUGCUGGACGAUGGUGUUGAUUUGGACGAGAUUGCGCGGCGCACAUCGCGUUACAGCGGCGCCGAGCUUGCAGGCAUCGUCAGGAACGCGGCCUCGCUAGCCGUGUCGCGUGUCAUGGACAGAACACUGGACGCAUCGUCCUUCUCAACAGAGGACAUGGCAAACAUGAAGAUCAACAUGGAGGACUUCAUGACGGCGCUUCGUGAGCUGAAACCGGCAUACACAGAUCAUUUCGAUAAUGUAAACACGUUUUACUUCCCGCAUGGGUUUCUCCCGCUGUCCUUGCAGCACGAGAAUGCCCACGAAUUGUGCGUUUCAGCCAUCACCCAAGCGCGUUUGCCAGGCGCCACAGCGCGACGCAUUUUGCUGUUUGGGCCACCGGGGACCGGAAAGACGACGCUCGCAGUCCACGCCGCCCUCGCCAGCUCCCCAGACUACCUCAAGGUGAUUCGAGCAUCCGACUUGGUUGAGUUGACAGACGCGCACAAGAGCCAGCGCAUUGCGGCCGCAUUUCGCGACGCCGAGAAGGCCAAGCACGCCGUGGUUGUGCUCGAUGACCUUGAGCGACUGGCCGAAAUUGUGUCCACGAAUCACUUGCAGGGCAGCUUCUCCCACGCCGUUGUCCACACGCUGCUCACCUCACUCACCAGCAUCAGCCCAGCAAGUUCGAUGAUCGUGCUGGCAACGACACGCCACGAUCCACGGGAAACCUCAUUCGCAUCCAAUGCACUGCAGUUCCAGCAGACCUUUGACACCACGGUGCGCGUGCCAGCGUUGACACCAUCGGACAUUCGAUCCACCGCACUCGCGCUUGACUGCGAUCUGUCACAUGUGCGUUUUGCAGCAGCAGCACGCAUGCCCGUUCGCUCGCUUCUGCAAGUUGUGCACACGCUCCGCGCCACCACCAGCAACGCCACCAUCGUCAUUGACCAGGCAACGUUCGAUUCGCACAUGCUCGAGUUUGGAUUUGAAGACCAUGCGCACGCCCAUACGGCGGCUCCUGCCCCAGAAUAAUCAACUUGUUUUGUCUGAUGUGUGUGUGUGUGUGUCUGUCUGUC